UCAAAGCGUGCAGGAGCUAAGCGCCCUCCCCAGCAGCGCACUGCACCUCCGCGAGCGCGUUUCCAGGAAACUAAGGUCGGAAUUAGGGUCCAGGUGGGAAUCAGGCGCGGAACCAGCGAGAAGCACAAGCGGUGGAGGAAUAGCCCAGAGAGCUUAAGCCCGGGAGAAGGGGCGCAGCGUUCUGUGGCGGGAGGAUUUCGCCCCGCGCGCCCAGCGUACCGCCCAGGCGCCUCCAGAGUCCCGGGCAGGGGGUCCUCUCGGAGCUGGCGCAGCGGCCCCUGGCACCGCGCCCUUCGCCCAGCGCCACCUGGCUCCUCAGCAGCGUCCAGGAAGGGUCUCUGGUCAAAGACAGGGAUCUGCGGCCAUGGCCGAGGUCGCGGAGCCGGAGGGGGGCGCCCCGGGUCCCCAGAGCCAGCCCGAGGGCUCGGCGCUUCAGGCGGAGAGACGGGGCGAGCCGGGGGCUUCCGGCCCUGAGGCGCAGAGGGAGGAGGCGAGAGAGGGCGCCGCGGAGGCGCCGAGGGGCGGGGGCCCGGGCGCAGCCGCGACGGCCGAGGUGACGGAAGGAGAAGGUCCGGGGUCGGACGGAGGGCGCGCGUGCGAGCUGGCGCCGGACGCAGGUGGUGGCCCGGGGGCCGAGACGCGGGGCGCGAGCGGAGAGCAGGGCGAGGCCGAGGCGGAGGAGGGCGCCCGGGAGGGAGAGGAGCGGGCGAGCGGCGCGGAGCUGGCGGAGGAAGCGAGCCCCGGGUGCGGCGCGCAGGCCGAGGCCCCUGGCGAGGCUCAGGUGGAGCCUGGGGAUCCCGCGGCCCCCGGGGCGAAGGAAGAGGCGGAGAGCGGGCCGGAGGAGCCGGGGGGCAGCGCGCCUGGGGCGGCGGGGGCCCGCAUGGACGCCGACGGGCUGACGGGGGACAGCGCGCACGGUCGCUGA